AUGGCCACCGAUGCCCCUCAUGUUCUCGUAGUUGAUGAUUCAUUUGUUGAUCGUCUCGUGGCAUCUCGGGUCCUAAAGGGUUAUGACAUUCGAGUGACUAUUAAGGAGGGUCCAAAGCAAGCCUUGGAGUUUCUAAAUAUGGAACAUGAUGUGAAGUUGAUUAUGACUGAUUAUUGUAUGCCUGAUAUGACUGGGUAUGAUCUUCUAAUGGAGGUUAAGGAAUCACCUAAGCUAAAGCACAUCCCUGUGGUGAUCAUGUCCUCUGACAACAUCCCUGAAAGGAUGAAAAAGUGCUUGGAUGCAGGGGCGAAGGAGUAUAUCAUUAAGCCUCUCAAUGCUGUUGACGUCCCCCGUGUUCUGAGUUACAUUUGA